CGUCCGUGAUGGCCUAAGUAUUCGAACCCACGCGCUCCUGCGUCACAUCACCACACACACACUCCCUUUCUCUCUCUACUUUCUCUCUCUACAUUGUCUCCCUAUAUAAUCCUUCUCUCCUCCGCUUGCCACCACCACCGCAUCCACACGCUUCAUCUGAAAAAUUCUCUCUCUUGCGGUAGGCAUUAUUUCAUACAUGGAGGACCACACCCCAACUAACAAGAAGCGGGUCCGAGACAACUCGGACGACUCGGUUCACGACUCGGCCGAGGUGAAGCGACUCAGGGAAGACCUACUGGGUUUCCUUGACGACUCGGACGCCGAUCCCACGACUCAGGACCUCGACUCGGUCAUGAAAAGCUUCGAGGAAGAGAUAGCAGCCGCAACCACUUCUUGCCAGUCGUCGCCGCGUCCGGCAUCGGAGACUCUGCUGGCUCCGGUGCCGGUGGUUGAUCUGACGUCGGAAUCUGGCGAGUCCAAACCCGACCUUGGCUACCUUCUAGAAGCUUCGGACGACGAGCUGGGCCUGCCCCCGCCGGAGAACUUCAAAGAGGAGGCGGCGAAAGGCGGGGAGAGCGAGUUGGUCCGAGUUCCGUCCGACUCGUCCGUAGCCGACGAGUUAUGGCAGUUCGACGAUCCCCCUCCGAGUACGCUUGACGGGCUGUUCGGAAACGACGAUGUGUAUUUUGACUCGGCUGAUUACGGCGAGUUUUCGUGGCGUUUCGAAACACUGCCGGCGCAGUAGAGCGAAAAGAAACGGCGUCGGUUGGACGGAAUAUGAUGCCGGACCGAUCUGUAAAUUUGUCCCUUUUUUCUAAUUUUUUUGAAAAGGAAUCGUGAAAAGAAUAUAUGUAGGACCGUUACAGUAGGACUUUAGACUGAUAUGGAAGGAAGAUCAGAAAAGUAGCAAAGAAAUUCGUUGGCGCCAAAAGAAAAAUAAAAAAGCAAAAUGAUUGGUUCGCUUAUUUAAUGGCGGUCAUUUUAAUUUCGAACCCCCUUUCGAGGGAAUCUGCUCUUGUAAAAAGCAUUAAGCAAGAUUUCUAGAUCGAUACUCUGUUUGUUUGAAACAAACGAUAUUAUAUUAGUUAAUUUAAGGAUA